CGCCGCUGCCCCUUCUCCGGGCCCCUCCGUCCCUCUCACCCCGGCCUGGCCCCGCACGGUCCCUCCCUCCCCUCUGACCCCGCGGUGCACCCCGCCCGCCGCCGGGGCGAAGUCCGGAGGGUGUGAACCCCGGCCUCCCUGCCCCUGGGCGGGGACGGCGGCCGUGCGGGGAGCCCAGGCGGCGAGCGCGCAGUGCAGCCCGCAGCCCGCAGCCCGCAGCCCGCAGCCCGCAGCCCGGCCCGCGCGCCCCCCGGAGCCGCCGCCGCCGCUCGCCCCCGCCGGGCCCUCCCGGCCGCCGCCGCCGCCGCCGCAGCCAUGGCGGAAGUCCACAGACGUCAGCAUGCCCGGGUUAAAGGAGAAGCCCCCGCGCCAGCCUCCACACACCGACAUGCGGAGGCGCUGGGCAUGGCGCCGGCCGAAACGCUGACGGUGUUUCUGAAGCUGCUGGCCGCCGGCUUCUACGGCGUGAGCUCCUUCCUCAUCGUGGUGGUCAACAAGAGCGUGCUCACCAGCUACCGAUUUCCCUCCUCACUAUGUGUUGGACUUGGCCAGAUGGUGGCUACAGUGGCAGUUCUCUGGGUGGGAAAGGCGCUCAGAGUAGUCAAGUUUCCUGACUUUGACAGUAAUGUACCUCGAAAGACGUUUCCACUACCUCUACUAUAUUUUGGGAACCAAAUCACGGGACUGUUCAGCACAAAGAAACUGAACUUGCCAAUGUUUACAGUUCUGAGGAGGUUCUCCAUCCUGUUUACAAUGAUUGCUGAAGGAGUGUUACUAAAGAAGACCUUUUCUUGGAGUAUUAAGAUGACUGUAUUUGCAAUGAUUAUUGGAGCCUUUGUAGCUGCCAGCUCUGACUUGGCAUUUGAUCUGGAAGGAUAUGUUUUUAUUCUGAUCAAUGAUGUCCUGACAGCAGCAAAUGGCGCAUACGUAAAACAAAAAUUAGAUUCAAAGGAGCUGGGAAAAUAUGGCCUGCUCUAUUACAAUGCACUGUUCAUGAUUCUGCCCACCCUGGCCAUUGCAUAUCUUACAGGAGAUGCACAAAAGGCAAUGGAUUUUGAAGGCUGGGCGGACACCCUCUUUCUUCUGCAGUUCACCCUCUCUUGUGUGAUGGGGUUUAUUUUGAUGUACGCCACAGUACUCUGCACUCAGUAUAACUCGGCUCUUACAACUACAAUAGUUGGCUGUAUUAAGAAUAUAUUAAUAACUUAUAUUGGAAUGGUCUUUGGUGGAGAUUAUAUUUUCACAUGGACAAACUUCAUUGGCUUAAAUAUCAGUAUUGCUGGGAGCCUGGUGUAUUCCUACAUCACUUUCUCUGAAGAGCAGCUGAGCAAACAGUCGGAGGCCAGUAACAAGCUGGACAUCAAGGGGAAAGGAGCGGUAUGACCAGAGGAUGGCUUCGGCGACGUAGGCCUGAGACUUUGGUCCGCUUGGAACACUGGCAAUUCUCACACAGACUCGGAGGUGUCUCGAUUAUGGAGAAAAUACCAUUCCUUUGCACUUACACAAUCUGAGGAUUGAUUGCUGCCUUUUAACAUUUUAUGAGAGAAACUUAUAAUGGACUCUAUUUUAAUUGUGCCAUUUGAAUUAAUUUAUAUCAGACUGGAAAAUGCACCGGGCUUUUUAAUUUAUUUUUCUUCUGUGCCGACAGUGAACCAACCACCCGUGUUUGGAAACUGUUGCAUUCCAUAUUUUAAUACCCAGGUAUCCCUGAGAGCUGCAUCUAUAACGCGCUCCGACCGGAGCCUCCUUGUUCACGUCGCUGCUGCGUCUGGAGGCAGGUCCAGCCCUCCUUCCGCGGGGGAUGCAGUGGAGUGCGGGCAGUGUCUCUUCUCUGAGUUACAUUUCUUAACGAUUGCAUUUUCUUCCUGAGGAUAUCGUCGCCGCAUUUGCCAAAGGCUACAACUUUGGCUCUUAAAAAAAAAAAAAAAAAAGGUGGGGCUGUGAGGUGUAUUGCUCUGCAUGUGGGCUUUCCUGAGAAGUCCUGGGAUGAGCAGAGUGCAUUCCUUGAAAACUUGCUGCUGCCUCUGGGUUGUGUGGGAGGGGGAUAAUGAAGUGCUGCAGGAAGCACUUAUCUAUCUGCUUCGUUCAUCCACCUAACAUGUGGUGAGUGUGUAACACGUGCCAGGCCUUAUCCCUAAGUGCUGGGGACACAGAGUUUUCUGGAAGUCGUUGAAUGAUCUCACCUCGGCCGUAGUGACUGAGUGAGGUUAGGCAGGAGAACUUAGCUUGAUCCAUCCAUUCGGCACAUGUGACUGAGAGCAAGUCGUAGAACUUCAUCCAGUUCUCUGACACUGCAAGUCUACGGGUGGGGUGGGGUUGGGAACACCCGUCCCACCCAGCCCACAGCGGUGUGAAACCACACACCGAGGUGUGGGGUCAGAUGCGCAUGAAGAAGUGCAUUUUGUGAACCAUGCAGCGAGGCCCUUCCCUGAGUGAGCAUGGCAGGCAGGCAGGCCAGGUGACCCCUGUGUACCUCCCCCUGCCUCCCUUCUCUGGGUUUAGCCGAUACUCUUCUUACCCCUCUUUAAAUCAACAUGAAUGGAUUGGCUUGAGGGGAAAGGCUGGUUAGGUGCGUGUGUGUGGGGUUGAGGUCUGGUUGAUGUGAGAGCUGUCACCUUCUUGCUCCUGAUGGCAUGAAUACACCUCUCUCCGGUGGCCACUCCCACCUACAUUCUGCCGUCCUCGUCCUUCCGCUGAUGUACUGAGGACACCAGCUUCUCUCAAGCCUAGUGCUGCAUUCUGGGAGAAUGACAUUGCAUUGCCUCUUUGGGUGGGCCGGGGUGUUCAGUUCACAGCCCUGUGACUUUGUUCAGACACAGCCGCUGACUUUGGGGAUGAGUGUUUGCUCAGCCAGUUGUGCAGUGAGUAUGCAGGAGGCCGGGUGCCUGGUGCACACACUACCUUUAGUUCGUCGGGUGUGGAAUCCACUGGGCUCCUCUGAUCUAAACAAUGAAUAAUUUGGUGUCUCGGCAUGGCCCCUGGAAUGUUUUGAUCUGUUGAUAUUUUUGAUGGAGGUCAUAUUUAUGCUUUUCCCUUAUUUUGCUUUGUCUUUAUUAAAGCCUGGCCAGUGGUGCUGGGUCCCCAGAAUUAGCCUCACAGCCAACUUCCAAGUUAUAAGCUCCAUGUAAGAGUUCCUAAAGCUCACUCUUCUUCCCCCCCCCCCACCCCCCUCCAUAUCAGCUGAUCUGAGGAAAUUCUGUGGGAGCAUAGGACAUUAUCUACUGUAAGAUGGUUCUUACUGUCCCUGUUUUACCAAUGAGAAAACAAGACUCAACAGAAGUAGGUGAUUUGCUAAUUAGUCUAAACGUAUGUUUUUUCCAUUGUACCAUGCUGCCAUAAGUUACCUGUCCUAUAAGAGGGAGUAAGGAAAAGGGGGUGCUAGCUGGAUUAGCUUGAGGCAAGCAGUCGAUUGAAUUUUAGUCAGAGAGGAAUAGGCUUUGCACAUCAGGGAGAAUGACGGAUCCCUCUAUAUGCCAGAGCUCUCUUCUAACUCCCAGGCUGGCCCCAGCUGAUCCGCACUCUGGCUGUGACUGCUGCCUGUCACUGCCUGGGUUUGCCUGGGCACAGUGGAAAGGCGUUGUGAGACCUAAUUUUAGCAGCUCUGUUCCUUUUCCUACUAGCCACAUGAAAGAACUUGGACAUUAGAAAUAGUUUGUGUUGCAGAAUUUCUCAUCAUGAAAGGCCUUUGGAUGUGUUCAGAGGUGUUGAACUAGAACCCCACCAGGACUUGAAUUUCUUCUUGGGGUUAGGUUCCCUUGAAGAUCCUCCAUCUCUCCAGGUUAAUAUGGGAAAAGCAUGUAUACGUUACAGCUUUGCUAAAUGCACAUGGUCUCAGGGCCCCUACCCUAUGCCGAACUGACUGACCUGUAGGACAAUUUAUAGAUCCUGUCCUGUACCUGUUCUGAUUUCUGGAUGCUCCCUUCAACUGCCAUCCACAUUUCAGGGUAAGAGGAGGCAGCCUGGGGAAGUUGGGAUCUUUUUGAGAGCUCUGUCUGAGCAAGGACAGAACUGGCCAGCCAUUUUUGGAGUUUGCGUCCAUUAUGUGCCCCUCGGUUACAGCAGUACCCUAGAGACUUACCUAGAGCUAUGGCAUCACCCGGCUGUCUGGAGUGUAUCCUGAGGUUGAUAUUUUGCAAGAUCGAACAUUCUCUGACCUGUUAACUACCUCCUGGGAGGAAAAAGCGGCAGUGUUGAGUUUAGUCUGUAAUGUGCUCUGUGAGACAGCUGUGGAGAGAAUUCUUUUAAAGCAAAAAUCUCUGACUACUAGUUUGUCUUUUUGAGUUAAUGACAGUAGAGUCCGCUUUGGCCAGUUUGCUUUUAUCAGUGCCGGAUUGAUUCAAAUGACUUUGGAGGCUGAGGCUACCCAUGACCAACAUAACAUGUCCGGUGAUUGUUAGUCACCUCACAUGGCUGUUGACUUUAUCAGUCAGUCAUUUGUAGGAUCCAUCUUGCGUGUAGGUGAAAAGUUUUCGGUAGUCCUAUUGUGUCAGAAAUCCAUGGAACGUUCAGG